AUGGCCUUUUGGAAGCCAGGCGCGGAGCGCCCAGCGAGUGCCCUGGACCGCCCAGUGCAGGACGAGGUGGCGCUCGACCCCUCGUUGUACGUCACCGACACGAAGCGGACACAGCUCCCUGUGUACCGCUACCGCACAUCGUUUCUGUACAUGGUGGAGCGAUACUCUGUGGUCGUCGUCGUCGGUCAGACGGGCAGUGGCAAGACGACACAACUGCCGCAGUACUUACUCGAAGCUGGGUGGGCCGCCGAGGCACAGCAGAUCGUGUGCACACAGCCGCGACGCAUCGCUGCGACCUCGGUCGCGGCCCGCGUCGCGCAAGAGACGGGCACGCGAUUGGGCGACGACAUCGGGUACGCGAUCCGCUUUGACGAGUGUACGCACCCUACGCGCACACGUAUCCGCUACACGACGCCUGGCAUGCUGUUCCGCGAGUGCAUGCAGGAUCCGCUCCUGCAGCGGUACAGCGUGAUUCUCAUCGACGAGGCGCAUGAGCGCGGCGCUUAUACGGACCUACUUAUGGCGCUCCUGAAAAAAAUCCGACGCAAACGCCCCGAGCUGCGUAUUGUGCUGGCCAGUGCGACGGUCGAUGCCGAGGCGCUGGCCACGUACUUUGAUCCAGCUUUCGGUACGCCGCACGCCAACGCAUCGAUCCUCUCGAUGGAGGCACCUUCGUACCCUGUCUCGUUGGCGUACACACGCGAGCCCGUGCCCAACUAUGUCGACGCGGCGGUGCAUACGGUAUGGUCCCUGCAUCUCUCUGAACCGAAAGGCGAUAUCCUCGUCUUCUUCCCCGGGCGCGACGAUAUCGAGACCGCGAUGCAGGCGCUCGCCGACCGCGAAAUCGAGGCGCCGGCAGGCGCUCUGCCGAUGCAUCUUGUGCCGCUGUACGCGGAGCUGGACGCGGACGCGCAGCGUGCCGUGUUCCUGCCUGCGCCGCGCGGCACACGCAAAGUCGUCUUGUCGACCAACGUGGCGGAGACCAGCUUGACGAUCGAUGGAAUUCGCCUCGUCGUCGAUACAGGGUAUUCCAAGACGCGGUACAUGGACACGCUCGUCACCAUACCCACGUCGCAAGCCGCCGCACAACAGCGCGCUGGCCGCGCGGGGCGCACAGCGCCUGGCAAGUGUGUGCGUUUGUACCCCGAGUCGCAGUGGGCGCACCUCCCGCGCGCAGAUACCCCCGAGCUGGUCCGUAUCGACUUGGCCAUGUACCUUCUCCAACUCAAGGCGCUGGGCAUCGACAAUCUGGCGCGCUUCGACUUUGUGCCGCCUGCGCCGCCUGCCGCGCACAUGUGUCGAGCGCUCGCGUACUUGGCCAGCCUGGAAGCGAUCGACGUGCAGGGCCAUUUGACGUCGCUCGGCGAGCGCUUGGCCGAGGCGCCCUUGCCGCCGAUGAUGGCACGCUCGCUCUUGUACGCCGCUCAGCAUGGGUGUGCAGACGAAAUGCUCAGUAUCGCAGCGAUGAUGAGCGUCGCCUCGCCGUUUCGCACAUCGUCGUCGCACGGCGAUCUGCACGCGGACAUUGCACGACGUGCAUUUAUCGCGGAAGAAGGCGACGCACUUACGCUGCUCAAUGUGUACCAGGCCUUUGUCGGAGUAGGCCAAAGCUCCGCGGCGUGGGCAUCGAAACACGCACUGCACUAUGCGACGCUCAAACGCGCACAGGCCAUUCGCACACAGCUCGCAAAGUACGUCACACUGCAUUGGUCGUUGCCGCUCGCGUCCGCGUACGAUGCGCGUCUCCUGCAGCAAUGCUUGGCCGCCGGCUACUUUAAGAACGCCGCGCGGUACCAGCCCGAUGGCACGUACCGUAGCGUAGAGGGCGUCACGUUGCAUGUCCACCCCACAUCGGUGCUCUUUGCACGCAAGCCGACGAGUGACUAUGUCGUCUACGCCGACGUGCUGCACACGUCGCAGGCACACAUGCGCGACGUGACGGCCGUCGAGGAGGCAUGGCUACGUUCUUUGGCACCACAUUAUUACGAGACGCGUCUACGUCCUAGUAUACAGUAG